GAUUCGUAUCUAACGACAAUUGCAUUUUAAGCAGAGAUAGCGAGAAAAUCACUCAACAUCCAUUCUCACCGGCAGCUUUUUAACUACUGUGUAGGAUGACAUCACUUCCACCUUCUAUAACUUUGACGAAAGAGGUACAUAAGUGAGAUGUGUAACGGACACUUCAUCGCUAAUGCUGCAGUAUUCUGGAUUAUAUUCACAAUCGUCUUAUUUUGCAACCGAAACGAAGGACAGCACUACUUUUUCGAAGAAAUCAAUCAACUGAAAAGCAACUUUGACCCUGAUCAGGAAGAAACCGACAAAGACCUCACGGGUGUUUUAGAACCUGUGAUCACGUUCGAGAAUGCAACUCUACUUCAAGAUGACGAUCAAGAAGAAAAUAAAUCACUGCUAGAAAAGAUCACGUUUCCCGAGUUCUAUCAUGCCCAGGGAAUCAUUUCCCUGCCUUAUGACGGGAUCAUUGAGCCGUUCGAAGCAUGGUAUGGUGGCCGACAUAAAAUGAGUCGCAUCGACUACUACUACGGGAUGGACAAGACAUUCCAGAGAGGGGACCUUAUGCCGUAUGGGGCCCUGGUUAAGUUAGUGCCAGCUCACUGGAAGAAAGGAGAUGAUCUCGAUGAAAACACACAGAGCUGCUGGUACAGGCCCGGAUUUCGAUGGUCUCCAGAGAAGGGUCAAAAUGUUGUCCCGAAGAAUUUGAAAAAAUUCAAGUACGUAGGCGAGGAAAUCCACAGUGGAAUGCCUGUUUAUAAGCUACAACGCACUGCAACUGUGUACAAGAAGAACAACACUUACACACUGUACGUGACAAAAGAAAAACCAUACAGACCUGUGCGUUACGUUAUGCACGGAUAUGACACUCUUCUGCACUCAUUUUAUGAUCAUUACGUCGUGGAUUACCUCUCUUUCCAUAAAUGGGACUUUGACUUUAAUAUCAUGAAAAUCCCAAAAGGAGCCUCUUGCAAAAAGAAGAUUCAAAAGAUGAAAUCAAGAUACCACUUCAACCCCAUGGCAGAGUUUAUGCAUGAAAACUUUGAAGAUGGGGAGGUGGAACAAAUGUUUGAAGAAUUUAAGAGAACACACAAGAAAUCCUACGACGAUCCUACAGAACAUGAACAGAGGAAACACAUCUUUCGACAUAACAUGAGGUUUAUAAGCUCAAAGAACAGAGCCGCUUUGAACUUCACGUUGGCGCCGAAUGAACUAAGCGACGUCACAGACGACGAAUUUGAAAUGUACAAAGGUCUGUUAAUUGAUCCUGGCGGGGGUGAUGACGAGGUACUAAAGAAACAGGAGAUACCAGAGGCAAGAUUUAACACUCCCGAUACACCACUACCCAAGUGUCUCGACUGGCGUGAAUACGGUGCAGUGACCCCUGCCAAAGCACAAGGCCUGUGUGGUUCAUGUUGGACUUUUUCUUCCACUGGACCAAUAGAGGGAGCUUAUGCAAUCCAGACCGGAAAACUUAUGGACGUGUCAGAACAGCAGCUGAUGGACUGUAGCUGGGGGUUUGGUAACAGUGGCUGUCGAGGAGGUUACUCAUGGAAAGCUCUCGUCUGGGCCAAGAGGCACGGGGUUGCCUCUAGUAGCAGCUAUGGCAGGUACCUUGCUCAGGAGGGAUUCUGCCAUUGUGCCAAAGAAGACGGUUGUGAUGUGGUGAAAUUCAAGCGAGUGGUGACUGUGAAGAAAAAAGACGCAGAGGCGUUGAAACAUGGCCUAGCCAAGUUUGGUCCGGCGUCCAUCGCUAUCAGCGCCAGUCGAAAAACUUUGAAGUUUUACAACUCUGGCAUUUAUGAUGAUGAGGAUUGCAGCACUCAAACAAAUCAUGGUGUUGUAGUAGUUGGUUACGGUGAAGAAAAUGGUACCCCUUACUGGAUAGUGAAGAAUUCGUGGGGAAAAUUUUGGGGCGAAGAGGGAUUUGUUAAGAUUGCUAUGAAAGACAACUUAUGCGGUGUCCUUACCAACGAACCUAUAUUUGUAACCAUGAACGAAACCCUUGAUGACGCGGGUGAAUCUUAUCCAUUCAUGAGGAUGAAAAAACAGAGUUUUGUGGAUGUGGAAAAAAAACUCAACGUAACUGCUUUAAAACUUUCGCCAUUUGAUUACAAGAGAUCAAGAAUACGAUUUGAGGAACUUGCUAAGGAGCCAGAUAAAAGGACAUUCUCUUAAAUUGACGAUGAAUGUUUUUAAAACCGGCCACAGCCGAUCAUGAGAUUAUUAACUGUUUAUAAUCUCUUGAGCCGAUUUAGUUAAGUUUUCAAUUCAUUGUUCUUAUUGGUCACUGUUUGGGGAACUGGAAGAAAUACGAGGUAGCAUGUUUUGGAGGUUUCGUCCCAUUGCAAGUUCGCCACCUACUACCUUUACAACUUCGCCCCAACCUUUACCAGUUCGCCUUUUCUGCCGAAACCAAAGGUGAGGGUUGGGGCGAACUUGUCUUCCUUGGGCGUGUGUUCUUUGCUUUCAUCAACGCCUUUUUUAUGCCAA